ACUUGUCCACUCCGUUCGAUCUUCCCCUUCGUUGUUCCCUGAAAUCUCUUCUUCUCCAGUUGUCCUUAUCGGUUUGACUGUCGUACGUCGAACCUCAUCCGUUUUCAAUCUUUUCACUGCCGGCUUCUAUGCCAAAUGCUCUUACAACAGCCGGCAGCCACUCUUUGUCAGUCAUCUGUAAAAGAUUCGUUAGGAAUUUGACUGGAUCUUCUUUUACCAAAAUCUUUGUGCUUCUAGCAAUUGUACCUACUUCAAUACUUCUGCGACAGUCCUUCAACACUUAUCACUCAAUUGGUAAAUUAAAUUUAAAUUACCAAGCUAGUGUAGAAUCUCUGAACAAACCAGACCUUGUUUCACUAGACGAAUUUUACCGUAACGAAUUUCUCGACAACAACUCCGUCGCCUUAUCCACCACGAAUUUUAUUCUCUUUCUCUCUGUUUGUGUUUGUAUACAUGUAGGUUCUUAUUUAGUUCCUUGUGGGUGUUGAGGAAAGUGGUUAAAGUUUCGAAAUUGUGUGUCUUGAUGAGUAAAAUUUUCGUUUUUUGGUAAUUUUAUCAUUUCUGUCUUGGGUCUUAGAAUGUGAAGAUUGAAAUUUAAUGUUA